AGAGGUGGGUAGGUUGAGUGUCUUUUAAGAAAGAAAGAGAAAAAAGAAAGAAAGAAGGAAAUACAUAAAGUAAGAUAAUUGCCAAAAAGUGUUGCACACCUUCUGAGGAUUGUUCUGUUGAGCUUCAGCUUUCCAAGAGAACGUGUUGGAUGUGGACUCAAACUGCCGGUGCCACUGAUGCCUGAUGUCAGUGUGGUUUCCUGAAGGGAUUUACACAGAAGACAAAAGUCAUACUUCCCUGGAGACGGCUACAAGUAUGAGGUGAUUCCUGCAGAAGAAUUUGUUGAAGAUUGUUGUGGUAGACUGAGAUUUACUUGAAUAUUAAUGCAAAGCUUCAGAAUACUCCUUGGAUUAGAUGACUUUGGGAGAAUAGAACAGAAAACUCCACUGUACUCCUCCAGAAUAGAUUUAAAGAUUUCUAGUUAUUCUACAGAUUUAAGAUUUUAAAUCAUUUUAACAUUUGACACCACUUUUGGACAACUUAUUGUUAUUUAAUGCACUGCUGAAUAUCUGUAGCCAAUAUUCUAAAGAUACAAUCACCCAUACCAUCAAUAUAACCUUCUACUGAAUCACAAGUCAUCUUAAUCCAGAGGGAGAGGAAGAAUCUCAGUUCCCUUUCAGCGACCUUCAUUUAUCAGCAAAUAGCUUGAAGUCUUCGUAAAGAGAUGGCACAGAAAGAAGGAGCAACAGAGCAGGGCCGUGUGAAAGUAGGGGACAGUCUCGGGGCCAAAGCCAUGGCCGGCGCCCCUACAGCUGGCGGAGGAGUCGUGGUGGAGGUCAGGGAGAAGAAGGGACCACUGCGGGCUGCAAUACCCACAAUGCCUUUCCCUCUAGCGGUCAUCUGUCUGUUCCUGAACACCUUCAUACCUGGACUAGGAACCUUCAUCUCAGCCUUCACGGUGCUUUGUGGCGCUCGCAGCGAGCUGGUCUCAGAACGAGGCGUGUGCUGCGUGUUCUGGCUCAACGUGGCGGCGGCCCUUAUCCAGAUACUGACGGCUGUCAUCAUGGUCGGAUGGAUCAUGAGCAUCUUCUGGGGAAUGGACAUGGUCAUCCUGGCAAUUUCUGAUGGCUGCAGAGACCAGGGUCUUCCCCAGGACGUGUGAGAGACAUCGCUCUUGUCGUCACCUGAUGGAUCACGCGGACGGUUUGACCACUGUAACAUCCCUGUCGUCUUUUGACGACCUGUAGCUGACAGCAGAGCGGAUGGGGCAGAGACCUGAUGAGAAUGAUUCAGUCGUAAAGUGAAUCAAGUGUUUGUGAGAUUAUUUGAUCGGCGGCUGUCAAUUCGGUCAACACCAGGCCACGUUUAGAUUUAUCGGACGGAAAGAAGAGACUUACAGUCAGGAAAAGAAAAACGUCUUUGUAAUAUAUUGAGUAAUUAAAGCAGUGAGUCAAAUUCUGUCUUUUGAUAUUUUUUAUCUAACCCAAACAUAAAUCUGUAAGA